UUUAGUGGUGACGAGAAAAUGCCAUCCUACGAACUCACUUCCGAUCAGCGAAUUCAACUUAUAGCUUUAUUAGAGAGCAACCCAAAUCUAGAUGAAACCCAAGGAGAUCAAAUAGCCAAGGAGCUUGGACUUGACCCAAAACAAAUAGAGCAUUGGUUUCAGAACAAGAAGACAAAGGCUCCUACCAUAGAACAAACCGAUGAGGAAACUCAACAGUACUAUGUUAGUGAUCAUGAUGAAGCUGGUUGGAAGGAAAUAGAACAUAUAGCAAAGGUUGCAGAUGCUUCUAUGGCCGAACUCUUGAAGCUUAUAAGAGUGAAUGGACCUUUAUGGACCAAGUCUUCACAUGGUGAGGGAUAUGUUCUCGUUAGUGAAAAAUAUGCAAACAUGUUUCCUAGGGUUGAUAGCUUGAACCGUCCUCACACUCGUGAAGAAUCUUCAAAACAUUAUACAACAGUGAGGAUUAGAGCAAGGCAAUUGGUUGAGAUGCUUUUAGAUUCGGAGGAAUGGGUUAAUAUUUUUCCAACGAUUGUUUCACAAGCAGAAAAAGUCGUACUUGAUCUCGGUUCAUUGGAUGAUCGAAAUGGAGCAUUGCAAGUGGUGUAUGAAAAAAUGCACGGUAUUUCACCUCUUGUGUCAUCUCGGGAAUUAGUCUUCCUUCGCUGUUGUCAAAAAAUUGGAGAAGAUGCAUGGGCCAUAGCUCAUGUGUCAAUUGAUUCCUUCAGAGGGUGUUCCUAUGAUUUUCCUGCACGAAGGCUUCCAUCUGGCUGCAUGAUUUAUCAAAUGACUAAAGAGUUUUGCAUGGUUACUUGGAUUGAGCACGUGGAAGUGAAUGAUAGAAUAACACAAAGGGGUCAUAUUCGUAAUAAUAUUGCAUAUGGAGCAGAAAGGUGGCUUUGGGCACUUCAUAGAAUGUGUGAGAGGUUUGCAUGCACUUCAAUGGAAAGUAUUCCCCUUCAAGCGACUCAAGAAGUGGUGAAUACAUUCAAUGCAAUCAAGAAGUCCACGAAGUUUUCUGAUCGAAUGGUUCAGGGCUUUUGUCGAGUUUUGCAUGAAUCACGCCAUGAGGGUUUUAUACAAGAAAACAGUAAUGCGAUUAAGAUCACUCUUCGCACGAACACAGCACCAGACAUGCCUGAAGGCAUAAUUGCCACUGCUGUCACUUCGAUAAGGCUACCUGUCCCUCCUCACCAAAUUGUUAGCUUGCUCACGGAGGCAAGAAAACGUUCUAAGUGGGAUGUUCUUAGCUGUGGACUUCCGGUGAACGAGCUUAGGCACUUCACAAUUGGUGGAAGCCGUAUCUCGAUUUUAAAGAUUUAUAACCGAAUAGAGAACGAUGUGAUGAUAUUUCAAGAUAGUUAUACAAAUCCUUUGGGAUCGUAUGUGGUGUAUGCCCCAAUUUCUAUGAAAAACGCGUGCUUGAUUAUGAAUGGAGAUGAUCCAAUGGUGCCAAAAGUUCUUCCUUCAGGAUUUCUGAUAUCUAAAGACAAUCGCACAAUUGUUGAAUCAUCUAGUAGACAACAUCCCAAUAAUAGAUCAGGGGGCUCAUUCUUAACUGUGGUUUACCAAUUACUUCUUUGUAGCAAUGAAGAAUUAAUUGGUGACAUAAAAAGAGAAACUGUGGCUGGAAUCGUCAUCUCAAUACUCCAAAAGAUUAAGAACUCUUUCAAUAAUUCCAAUUAGGCUUAUUCUUUUGGUGAGGU